GCAGACUACUCACGGCCCGCAUCCACCGAAACUGAUCCACAAUCAAAACCAAAAACCAAAUUCCCGCUAAUACGUAUACCCGGCCGUGUCUAUAGUUUAUACACACAGUCACACACUCGUACCAAAACGAGACUACACAGAUUCUCAUUUAAACUUGAUUUUUCUACGACCAUGUCAAUCUCACCGGAAAAGCUCACAACUCCGCCGGCGACUCACCUCCGUCAAAUUCUGGAUUCCUUCUCGUCUACAUCCACAUUAAUCGAGCCUCAGAAGUCGAGCCAAUUAGCAAUCUCCACUUCCGAAUUAGCCGAUUUUCUCGCCACUUUAUCCGAAUCAGUUGCGGCGGAGCCGGAAAACUCGCAAUUCGAGAACACUGCUUUAGAAGUGCUUUCUGAAAUUCAUACAUACAUAUCGUCUACUUCAAGUGAUCAGGAUGUUAUGGACGCACUUUCGUUUGAGUUGCCGAAAGCUGUUGCUAGGUUUUCGAGUGGCUCCAAGAGGUGUAUAGAUGUUUGUGAGAGUAUUUUUGAUAAAUUUAUCACCACUUGUAGCCCUCGGGAUAUGCUAUCUAUCCUCUGCGAGGCAUUAGGCUGUGAUGUUACAAUGUGCAAAAGUUGUCGAUAUUAUGCUUUUAUAUUUAGUGGAAUCGCAAAAGUUUUUCCGUUCAUUAAGAGACGGCACUUUGAGCACGUAAAAACUGCGGUUCCAGGAGUACUUAAUAUAUUGAGUUCCAUAUCUAUGGAGACAGAUCAUGAGGAUGCAGAUGUUGAGGACUUGUUUAACAAAACAGUUGAAAUUGCUAGUUCCAUACACACAAUCUGUGUAAAGUUGGAGGAGGAAGACAAUGAAAAGAUCCGUGCUCUAUUUGGCCUCACCAUUUUACAAAUCACGGCUUUAACUUCAGUUUGCUUGGGGAAUGCGAUUUCAAGAUGCUUUCCUCUGGUGUUAAAGUUGUUUCAUUAUCUUCAAUACUGCCAGUUAUCUUACCUUAAUCUAAUAGCAGGUGCUGAUGUUGACAAACUAACGAGCAUUGUCCUUGAAGGUGUGGAUGAUGAAGAGGAUUUCAUGGUCUGCUUUUCUCAUGUCAACCUUGGAGCAGCACUAGCAGUGGUUUGGGGUCAGAUGUCCGAUGAGGUUCCUUUGGCUGUCGAGAUGGAUUUGGCUAAAGUCAAAGAUGAGUUACGAAGUCAUCAGACAGAAAGAUGGCAAGCUGUGGGCCUGUUAAGGCACAUAUUUCUAUGUGCCAACCUCUCAUGGAUAAUUAAGAAGUAUGCCAUACGAUUUGUGCUUGAUAUUAUGAAAGGCGCUGUCCCUAACAAUAGCCAUGUCGAACAUGAAGACAACUCAAUUUGUAUGUUGAGUCUAUGUGCUUCUUUGCAGGCUGUUCAAAUGGUCAUUAUGUAUGCAUCUGAUCGGGUGACAGGGAAGAUGGCUUUCGAUGCAUUCAAAAUGGUACUUGCAGAUGUCCCGGCUAGACAUAGGUUUGAUAUUUUGGUUUCUCUGAUUAAGCAUAGUGAUUCGUCUUCCAUGAUUGCAAUCCUACUUGAUUGUUUUAGAGAAGAAAUGCACAAGGAAAGUUGUCAAAGGGUUGCAAAUGGAAAUGGAAUUUCAGAUGUAAAAUAUCUAGAAUACCAAAAUAAUGUGUUUUGGAGUGUCGAGACUCUUGAAUUGGUAGAACUCAUAUUGAAGCCUCCACAGGGAGGUCCACCAAUUCUACCGGAGGAUAGUGAUGCGGUACUAUCAGCUCUUAACCUGUAUAGAUAUAUGCUGAUUACAGAGUCAAGAGGGAAAACCAAUUACACUGGCGCACUGUCUAAAGAGAACUUACAGAAGUCUUACAAGGAAUGGCUUCUGCCUCUGCGUGUCUUGGUGAGGAGUGUAGCAGCAGAAAGCGAAAGGGAUCACGAUCAUGUAGAUUCUGAAGCAUUAUGUGCUCUCAACCCUGUUGAGUUAGUUUUGCAUCGUUGCAUUGAACUCAUCGAAGACUAUAUGAGGCGAUGGGAAAAAUCGGCCUGUAUUGUCGUUGUAGACUUCAAAAUGUUACAAUUGAAGCUACAGUCUGCAGUCACAAGUUGCAAAAAAGAAGCUAAAACUCUGCUUUCCAGAUAUUUUUGGAUGAGAUUGUAAUUUCUUGCUGUCUAAAGCACAAGCGAAUAUAUAGAUAAGUAAUUCAUCUCUUUUAGUGAUUUAUAUUUCGAAAGAAGGGUUUGACUUAUCACUUAA